AUGAAGUCGGGGUCGAAAGCAAAGUCUAACCGCAAGCCUAGUUGGGUUAUGCUCGCUGAUGGCGGCGGAUAUACGCCUCUGCCGGGCGAAACGACGCUCUACCAGUCUCCACCACGCACGACGCUGUCGCUGCAGACGAGCCAUCGGCAUUCGCCCAGCGAGUCGUAUUCCCAGCAAUGCAAGUCGGGCGUUGUAUACCUCACGAACCGACGGAUAAUCUACCUCCCCGUCUCGCCCACACCAACGCUCCAAUCCUUCGCCGUCCCCAUCCUCAACGUCACCGACUCGCGCGUAACAGCCCCAUGGUUCGGCGCCAACAAAUGGGAAGCCCUCAUCCAGCCCGUCUCGGGCGGCGGCAUACCCUCGCAGCACGCUGAGCUCGACAUGGUCAUGGAGUUCAAGGAAGGCGGCGCCUUUGAUUUUGCCAGCACAUUCGAGCGCCUCAAGGAGCGGUUACGGCAGGCUGUCGACGUGGCCCGGGAAAGCGGGGCGGACGCAGAAGACGGAGGCCGCAGCAUCAACAUGAGCAAUGUGCAUCUAGAGGAUUUACCGGCAGAGCGCAGCAAUGCCUGCUCCUCAGCCUACGAGUCCGCGACAACGAGCGAGCCCUGUGCCGAGUCCACAGGCGGCAAACUUCCAACCACCGCUGGAACCGCCGCCGGGAUAUGA